AGGAUACACGGACGUAUGAGAUCUGCGCUGGGUUGUUUUAUUUUUUUUAAGGAGUAAAAAACCUGGGAUGAGACGACGGAGAAAAAUGCUGAGAAGCAGAUUGAUGCAGUGGGAGUAGAACUUGUCCAAGUUUUUUUUUUUGGAAAGUAGAAAGGCUAAAGAGGAACUCUACAGGAUCUUUAUGUCGAGCAACAGGAAUUAUGGUUUGCUUUAAAUACAUAAGGACCAGCUGCAAAACCAAAGUCUUCUAGACACUCUUACUUUACCAUGGAUGCCGAAGAGUUCCCUCCUCCUCCACCUGAAGCUUUGGACAUUGAAGUGCCUUUUGCCGAUGAGGAUGAGGGGGAGGCAUUUGAGUUUGAGAGUGGAGAUGAUGGAAAUGAAUACCCGGAAGCGGACCGACAGCCCCCACUUCCACCUUCACCAGAUUAUGGCAACAGGAUUGUUGUAGAAGCCACCAGCAUGAUAUUCCCUGAGAGAGCAGCAGGUCUUGAAGAGCCUUCAGUUUCCUUUGCAGAACCUUCUGAUGCUGAUGUAUUAGCUGGGCUGGAUACAUUACAUGAUGCUCAGAUGCCAUGUAAUGCUGAAAAGUCAUUAACGAGUAAUACUGGCACAUCAUCCUCUCGAAAAGUUAACCCUUAUUCAGUUGUCGAUAUUGCACCUCUCCAGGAAGAGAUUGCACAUGAAGAGCAGAAUAGUGACAACCAAGAUGAGGCAAGCAGUCCCAGAGUUCCCAGUGGUUAUUCUGUGCCAGUACCUUGUGGUUAUGCUGUACCCUCCAAUCUCCCUCUCAUUCUACCAGCUUAUUCUACUCCAGUUAUCAUACGGCAAGUCUCUGUUGAUGAAGAAGUUACCGUGCAUCACGGAACCAGCAGCAGUCCACUUCAUUGCAGAGAUCAACUAAAUAAAGAAGAUGAUGCUUUAGCAAGAUGGGUUGCAGAUCCUGCAAAUACAGCAUGGAUGGAGAAUCCAGAUGAGGUUAUUUAUGAUGAUGUUCCUCGUGAAAGUUCAGACUCAGCAACAGAUCCAGAUGAAAUGAUCUAUGAUGAUGUUGAACUUGGUGAAGAAGGUGGAAACAGCUCCCUUGACAAUGGCUGGAGCUCCAGUGAGUUUGAAAGCUAUGAUGAUCAUAGUGAUGCAGAAAACAAAAAUGAAUCUGGUGUUCCAAAUUCGUUCCUACGAGGCAAAUCUCACAGAAAGAAAAUGCAUCUUUCAGAAGAUUUGACUCGUUUGAAGGAACAUUAUGAAAAAAAGGUGAAAGAUCUAAUGGCAAACACAGUGGGGACAGUAGAACUGCAACAGAUAAAGCAGAAACAUGAACAGAAGAUGCAAAAGUUGGUAAAAGCAGCAAAAGAAGGUACCAAAGAUGGGCUGGAGAAAACAAAAGCAGUUGUCAAAAGAGGGCGCUCUUACAUAAAAACAAAAAGUUUUAUACAAGACCGAAAGUCAGUAUGCUUGGAAGAGGACGAGACAAAUGUAUUUAUUGAAGUUGAUUGUCUCAAUACAGAGCCAGUGAUGACACCAAUGCCAGAAGGAUUAUCUCAACAGCAGAUUGUCAGAAGAUACAUUCUUGGUUCCAUUCUGGAGAGUGAAAAAAACUACUUGGAUGCCCUUAGACGUAUUUUGGAAAAUUAUGAAAAGCCUUUAUCUGAAAUGGAACCAAAAUUGAUAAGUGAAAGGAAGUUAAAAAUUAUUUUCUGUCGGAUCAAGGAGAUUUUGCAAUGUCAUUCUUUGUUCCAAAUAGCAUUAGCCAGCCGGGUUGGAGAAUGGGAUGGUUCUGAAAUGAUUGGUGAUGUUUUCGUUGCUUCGUUUUCCAAAUCUAUGGUUCUGGAUGCCUAUAGUGAGUAUGUGAAUAAUUUCAGCACUGCCAUGGGUGUUAUAAAGAAAAUGUGUGCCACUAAGCCAGCCUUUCUUGAUUUUUUAAAACAAUGCCAAGAAUCAAGCUCUGAUCGUAUAACAUUGUAUGGUCUAAUGAUGAAGCCAAUCCAGCGUUUCCCCCAGUUUAUCCUGUUGCUGCAGGAUAUGUUGAAAAAUACACCAAAGGAACAUUCUGACAGAUUGCCUCUUCAGAUGGCACUGACCGAACUUGAAACACUAGCUGAUAAAUUAAAUGAAAGAAAAAGGGAGGCUGACCAGCGGUGUGAAAUUAAACAGAUAGCCAAAGCCAUGAAUGAAAGCUAUCUUAACAAGCUGUUGAGUAGUGGCAAUAGAUAUCUCAUUCGUUCUGAUGACAUGGUGGAAACUGUUUACAAUGAGAAGGGAGAAGUGAUCAAAACCAAAGAACGGCGACUGUUUUUGCUGAACGAUGUUUUAAUGUGUGCUACUGUUAAUCUUCGAUCUUCCCAAGAUGGCAAUGGACUUGUUUCAUCCAGUCAGAGGUAUUUGCUGAAAUGGAGUGUUCCACUUAGUCAUGUUACUGUGGUGGAGUUUGGAGGUAAUGAAGAUCUGGGAGAGAAGUCUAGAUAUGCCAGCCAGCUCUCAGUAGAAUCAGUGAUACUCAAUGCAAAGCCAAAUAAGCUGUAUAUGGGUCCUGGGCAACUGUAUCAAGAUCUUCAAAAUUUAAUACAUGACCUGAAUAUUGUUACUCAAAUAUCCCAAAUGGUGGGAAAAUUAAAGGGUAAUUAUCAGAACUUGAACCCAUCAGUCUGCCAGGAGUGGAUAUCAGGAUUGCAAAGAUUGAUAUUUAGGAAGGAGGAAGAAAUAAGAGCCGCAGAUCGCUGUAGAAUCCAACUUCAACUCCCUGGAAAAUAUGACAAGUCUGGAAGGCCUACAUAUUUCUCAGCAGUUUUUAAUACAUACACACCAGCAAUGAAGCAAUCAUGGAUUAGCAGUUUACAGAUGUCAAAACUGGCUCUGGAGGAAGAAAACCAACAUGGCUGGUUCUUUUCUGAAGAUGAUGGUAAUCAGAUUAAAAAGCAGAAGCAUCCUUUGCUUGUCCGAUAUAUGCCUGUUGUAAUGUCCAAACUCCAGGAAUUUAAGGUGGAAUGUGCUGUUCAUAAUCCUGAGCCAUUUUCUGGAUUUCAACAAACAUCAGAUUCCUCAUCAGUUUGCUAUGGUUGUUUGUGGAUUGCAAGUUGCACAAAUCAGAUGGGUCAAAUAUCGAUUUUAACUCUGCAGAGUUCAAGCCAUAAAGUUGUUGAAUGUUUCAAUGUGGAAUCUCGAAUUCUUUGUAUGGUUUAUGUCUCACAUGAGGAUGAACAAGAGGACUGGGAAGCUUUCCCAGAGGGCGAUGCUUCACCCAGGAUGGUCUCAAACUCACCUACCAUAUGCUUGGGCAUGGAGGAAGGAAGUAUCUGUGUAUAUAAAAGUAGUCAAGGGUCUAAAAAGGUACGUCUUCAACAUUUCUUCAUGCCGGACAAGUCCUCAGUCACAAGUCUCGUGUACAAAUCAAACUACUUGUAUGCUGGUCUAGUGAAUGGAGCUAUUGCAGUCUUCUCUAAAACCAACGAUGGAUUGUGGAACUCUGACUGUACCACUGUACUGAAACUUGGUGUUCUGCCAGUAAAGAGCAUGUUACCAGUGGAAGACGCUAUAUGGGCAUCAUCUGGUGGACAAGUAUUUGUAAUCAAUGGCAGUAACCAUAUUAUCGAGAAGAAUCUUGAAGCACAUCAGGAAGAAGGAAUGAUCAUUUCUCACAUGGCAGUCUCUGGAGUGGGAAUUUGGAUUGCAUUCAGCUCAGGCUCCACUCUCAGACUUUUCCACACAGAAACUCUUGAACAUCUUCAAGACAUCAAUAUAGCAACUCCUAUCUAUAAUAUGCUGUCAGGUCAGCAGAGGGUUUCAGUGACCAGCCUUUUAGUGGGCCAUGGCAUGUUGAUGGUUGGAACAAACCUUGGAAUCAUAGUAGCAUUACCAAUUCCCAGACUACAAGGCAUACCCAAAGUGACAGGGAGAGGACUGGUUUCAUAUCAUGCCCACAUUGGUCCUGUGAAAUUUCUAACAAUGGCUUCAGUUGUCAGCAGUAGGAAGCACAGAAGACCUUCCAUCAGUAGCCUUCCUUCACAGUCUGACUUUAAAGAAAUAGAAAAAAGAAACAGUUCUUCAGAUGGAUCCCAGUCAUCAUUGACAAACAAUAAAGAGAAGGGGGUCUGGCUAGGAGACUCCAAUCGAUCUAUUGCACAACAAAGUACUCUUUCAUCAUCUUCAGGGUCUCUCGCUUUAUCCCAUGGCUCACUUGAACAUGGCCCUGAAGAUGGUACCAUUUAUGAGCUUCUGAAUACUCCAAGCUUCUCUAAAAAAAGCAGGAGAGUGCGAAAGAUGAAAAUCAGUUCUGUGUUGGUUCUUUCUGGUGGGUUGGGCCACAGAAGAUUAAAUAGGAAAUUAAAACAGCAGCGGCAAGAAGAUCCAGUAUCUACAGUCAUGAUCUGGCAGAUUCCUCUCAUCAACAGCUGAAAUAGCACAAUAAGGGGUAUAAAAAAGUCAUCAAUUAGCUUCUAAAUUAUUUGCUUGUGACAUAUUUGAUAUACCAUAUACUUACAUCCAUUCUAUGAAGGGAUUUAAAAUAAUCUAACCAGUUUUUCUCUACACCCUUAGUUUGGCAAGUCUUUACUCAAGUAAUUAAGCAUACCUAUCACAUAUAGUUUACUGAUGUUUUGCAUGAAAUUCUUUAAAAGAACAAAAAUGAUGCAUGAUACAAUGUGUGUUGGGUAACUAUUUUGAUAAAAUGUAACCAGGAUGAAAAGGACAAACCUCAUUGUCACAUGCUAUUUGUCAUCUCUAUUUCAUUCCUCAAAACCAUACCAGGAAAUUAUCCCAAUCAACACUUUAUUUUGUUUUCAAUCUGUUAAUCUUAAUUUAAUGUAACACCAUCAAUGGGGCACUUUACAGAGCAAUAUCAAGCUUACUUGUAAAGAUUUAACAAUAUUUUUCCCAGAUAAAAAGUCAGCUUUUCAAAGCUCCUCUUUUCUUAAAGUGUAAGUAAAACAGAUCAGUAGAAAGCUUAGCAACUCAAAGGCCCUCCUUAGUUUUUCAUUUUUCCUUUACUACUAGUAUUGUUACAUAUACAGAGUACAGUGAAAUUCUUACUUGCAUAUUCACUCAUCAUGCACUCUGCCAUUAUGACAUGCAGUGAGAAUGCAAGAGCUGUUUAAUUAAGAAUUGUGUGUAGUAACUCAAUAUGUACCUUAUUAACAAUACAAUAAAACAUUUUACAGCUCUACUAAUUGUAAAAAAAGUAAAAUAUCAACUUUAUUCUAAUGCUUAGUAAACGUGACUUUAAGUAAGAUAACAUCAGAUUUCUCUGUUUUUUUAGCAAAUACGUGAGACUUCAUAAAGAAAGGAAAAGAAUGGAAAUUUAACAGCAGUUCCGUUGAGGAGGGUUGCAUGGGUCUGUUGGCCCCAUUUUUAAUUUUGGUGUUCUUAGGUAUAAUCCUGUUCUUUUAGUUUGUUAAAAUCUUGUAACUCCAGACCCACCUAUAUCCAUCAUUCUUAGCUGUUUAUUGUUUUUCUUCAAUAAACCACCCUUUAUAAUCUGUGGUAGAUCAGAGGCUUUGGGAAAGAGGAGCAAUAGGGAGAUUGUUGGAGUUUUUAGCUGAAUGAUUUUCUCUUGCCUUGUUUUUUAUGUUUCUAAAUAAAUCUGUGGAACAGGUAAAAAUAAUUACAUAUAUGUGGAUUAAUCUAAUUUACCUUGCACUUGCAAGUUGCCUGACUUGCAGCAAAAAAUAAAAAUAGUGUAUGUCUGGGUGCAUAAGAAUCUGUGCUGGUAUCCAGAAUGUUGCCGGUUCAAA